AGCUCAUUCUCAUAAUAGCAUGGCCACCUCAAUGCUUAGCUUUAGAAUUUUCGAAAGGUUGUCAUGGUUCAGAUCGUCAGGUGUUUGCUUGCUUGAUCUAGAAUUACACUUCCCAUUUACUGUGACGUCAUGCGUUGCCACACUUUUCCAUGCCAACAAUGAAGAAGAACCUAGCUACCGAGAAGACCCAAGUCUCGACGACGCUAAGGGAGAUGCUCUAAUUGGUGUCAUGCUCCCACAUCUUAAUGGGUUUAACACAGUCGUGGUUGGUGGUGCUCCAAAGUUGGACACAUCCGGAAAGUGUGUUGUGGGGAAGGGUGGCCCUAGGGAUGUGGCGGGUGUUGGGGACAAGGUGGUGAUUGGAGGUGAUGAUGUGGACAUAGACAAGGGUGCAAGGGCGGACUGUAGGGAUGAUGGGUUUGGGUUUGAAGUGUCUGAGCAUUAAACAGAAAGGGAAAAAGAACAGUGAAAAAGAGGAUGAUGAUGAGGAACAAUGAAUAUAAAUGGUGUAUGAAAUGGCAUUGGUUGGCCAUAUUGAGGUUGGAUUGCAAAGAAAAUAAUAAUAUCAAGUUAUAUUAAAUGACUGACCUUGUG